AUGUCAGACUCUACAACCCUGACUCCUUCUCCUCCAACGGAUCAAAAGGCUCGUCCUCGUCGAGCCAAGAUCUCAUCUAAGCGGCAGGCAAAUCCCCUGCGCAGAGGAAUCAUCGCAUUUUGUGCCAAGAGCGGGUUCCGAGAAAUAAAUCCCAUCAAUCACGCCGCUGAGACUGAGACUAAGAACAAGACUGAUGAGACCUUGGCCGCAAGUCUUUCAGUCGAAGAUGUGCCCAAAAGAUUCACGAGUUACCCUCCACUACUGCUCCUGCCGUUUAAUUUCGCGCGACACAGCGAAUCAUGGGCAAGGUUCUACGACAAGUUGAACAAUGACGAAAAGACGGAGUUAUUUCGAUCGAUUGCAGGAGAUGGAUUUGUAGGAUCAGGGAUUACUCAUGUCGCCAUCAGUGCGCCGAUCGCGCUUUCGACUGAACAAGGACAUGACGACGAUGGUGAUGGAUGUAAUCUCGGCGAGGAAAAGAGGUCCCAACCUCUGACGCGGCAGAAUGUCAUGCGAAGUCCAUCAGGAUUGACUCCAGUGUAUGGAGACUGGGGAUCUAGAGACACUGAUGGCGAUGUCAAUGCAAAUGCAGAUGCGUUUGAGAAUGCAUUCUGGGUCUCAACAUCACAACAUAAAGGAAUCACGCAAUGUUGGGCACCGCUUUACACCAUGUUCAGUCGGGGGAAUAUUUCGGAAAAGGCCAGGAUUCUAGGUAUUGAGAGCGGAGCUCCUGCACCACAACAGCGCACACAGCAGAAGCCGUCUUUCUAUGGUCUUUCAAACGACCAGCUCGGUCAACCUGUCAAAGAUGUCGACGUCGUCGACUUUUACGUGGGUAUUGGAUAUUUCGCUUUCUGCUAUUUAAUGCGAGGGGUCCGCAGAGUCUGGGGAUGGGAUAUCAAUCCUUGGAGUAUCGAGGGUCUACGUCGAGGAUGUAAUGCCAAUGGCUGGAAUUGUCUUGUGGUCAGAGUGGAUGAACAUGGAUCGCUUACUGACUCGACACCGAAAGAUAUCGCCAUGCAGAUUCUUCGACUUGAUAGGAGUGACAGUGAACCGGCCCAACGAGUCCGAUGUGUGGCUUUUUUGGGUGAUAAUCGGUGGGCGACCAAGGUUUUGAGUGAGAUCGACAAAGCCAUGUCGUCGAUCGAUGCAAGUGACGGGCAGGGUUCUGGGAUUAAUCUCAAGCACGCGAAUUUGGGGUUAUUGCCCUCGUCGAAUGAUAGUUGGGAGUCGGCUGUGGCGGUUUUGUCGAGGUUGAAGGAUCGAGGAGUUCAGAGGUCCAGUUGGUUGCAUGUCCAUGAAAACGUGGACAUGACCAAGGAGGAUAGCAUCAGGGAAGAUAUUGUCAACGAUAUCAGGAAAAUCGUCGAGGCUGAGGCGGAGACAGUACGCUAUGAGGAUCAAGAUCAUAAGGUCAGCUGUGUCUGUUUGCAUGUUCAACAUGUCAAGACCUUUGCACCUGGCGUGAUGCAUUGUGUUUUUGAUAUUCAAAUACAAUCAUGA